AUGUCGAAUUUCGAGCUGGCAGACAAGGUUCGGCAUCUCAUUGUUCAACCGGCGGACCAACGACUGAACCCACCCGAGAGUUACCUGUUUGUCCAAGAUGGCCUCAUCAUCAGCUGCGGUGUACUCUAUGCAUUCUGCUACAUAUUCUGCGUGAUACGAACCUAUGCCGAUAAGACCUACCCGGGCGCUCGCUCGGGAAGUAUCCAAUUUCUCUGCUUGACAAUGGCGUAUGAGAUCUUCUACGCCUUCGCAACUACAUCUACUCGCUUCGAAAAGCUGGCAUUUCUGGCCUGGUUCGAGCUCGAUCUGAGCUUUACGAUUGUUGCGCUUCAGAAGGCUCAUACCCCGGCCGAACGACGAGUCAUCCGUCGGAAUAUGAUCCUGGGUUGCUUGGCGGGAAUCUCCUUUCUCUGGAUGUUAACUCAGAUGUAUCCUGAUGAGCGGGAGCAAGUCACUGCAUAUUGGACUGGAAUCAUCCUGCAGCUUCCCAUUGGGUGGAUGUGUCUGUAUCAGUUGUGGAAGGAUCAUAGCACCAAGGGUCAUUCUCUAGAAAUAUGGCUCACGCGGUACCUGGGCUGCUUUACUGCCUAUGGCGUUUUCCUCUGGCGAUACUUCAAUGUUCCUCAGAAUUGGGAGUAUGUCUGGUCCCCCUGGAGCAUUGGGAUUAUCAUUGUCACUCUCAUUCCAGAGACCAUCUACCCAUUUGUUUAUGUGUCGGUGUACAAGACGCAGAAGGAUAAGAGGGCAUAA